GAGAGGCGACCACCAUGGGCCCUCGGAGUCGAGUCAGGGUGGCCAAAUGCCAGAUGCUGGUCACCAGCCUCUUUGUCCUGCUGCUGGGCCUCCUGGUGGCCACCAUGGCGGCUCUCACCUACUUCGGGGCCCACUUCGCCGUCUUCAGCCGUGUGUCCCCGGAGGGCUCCUCCUACCCGGCCCUGCACCGUGGGGCCUUCUUCGCAGGGAUCAGCCUGGCCGGGCUCCUCACCCUGGGGGCCGUGCUGAGUGCCGCAGCCACCGUGCGGGAGGCCGGGGGCCUCAUGGCCGGGGGCUUCCUGUGCUUCGCCCUGGUCUUCUGUGCCCUGGUGCAGGGCGCCUUCUGGAGGCUCCGCAACCCCACCCAGGUGGAGGAUGCCCUGCCCCGAGGCCGGCAGCCCCAGGAGCCCGGCUUCUUCAGGCGAUCUGGGGGGAGCCCCGCCCUUCGCCACCUGGUCGACCUUCGGGACCCAAGAGGACCCUCGGGGGACCCUCGGCUGCUCCAGGACAACUGA